AUGCAAGAAUUCGUUCACAUUCAUCAAGAAGAAAAUCAAUCGGUUACAUCAUUUUACGAACACGUUAUUCGAAAAUACAGAAAAGCUCGACAAUGCAUAACCGAACAACAAGUUAUUACAGUUUUACAAACUGGUGUAAAAAAUUCAUUAAAGGAAUAUUUAAUUCGAAAUGAAAAAGACAUCACGAAACCAGAUGAAUGGCUGCAAUAUGCAAGACAAGAAGAAUACAUACAGAAACGAACUCAACAACAACGUAAUAAUUUUUAUUCUGAAACAACAAACCAACCAUUCUUUGAACCUAUGCUGCAAACAACAACGAUUCAAUCAAGAUCAUUGAACGCCAAAUCAUUAGGUCAACAACCAAUUACACCACAUCAUAAUUAUCAGCAACAACAUCAACACACAGCAAAAUUUAAUAAUAAUCGUAUGAAUGAAAAACAAAUCCGACAUCCAAAUAUCAAAUCAAGUCGGCCAUCCUAUCCGGAAACAAAAAUGCACCGAUCAGAGGGAUCGGAAGAUGGCGACGAUCCCUGUGGAGAAAAAAAGUCAUCAAUAACAAAAACAUUCCAUCCAAUUUUUGUAAAAAUUAUAUGUAACAGCACUCCACAAGAAGCACUUAUAGAUACUGGAUCGGCCAUCACUAUUAUACAUGAAUGCUUAUUAAAAAAUAUCCUACAUAAAAAUUUAAUAAAAAAAACAAAAAAUCAUUUAUCAGCAAAUUGUUCAACAUUAAAUGUUAUUGGUGAAACAACAUUAGAAAUUAAUAUUCAUGGAUUAAAGACAGAAGUGAUUGCUGAUGUGGCAACCAAUUUAAUUACAGAUUUAAUAUUAGGUAGUGAUUGGAUCCAACGUAAUAAAGUUUAUAUCUUAACACCAGAACAACGAAUUAUGAUUCGAAGUAAAGGCAAAGAAGUAUCAACUCCGUUUAUAACACCACCCAUAUUAAAUUAUCCAGCGACUCUUACUAAUCAUAUCACUAUUCCUCCUUUUUCAGAACACAUGGUAGAAGCAAAAGUUCCACAACACAAUAGGAUAGAUGUAUUAUUCGAACCAAAUCCUCGAUUAAAAAACAAAGCCUUAUUUAUUGCAAGUGCAUUACUCCACAUUGAAGAUAAAAGAAUUAGAAUUAGUAUAAUUAAUGCAACGGAUCGACAGCAAACACUUUCCAAAGGAACGAAGCUAGGCAUAGCAACGCAAAUAGCUGCCUCAAUAGGCGUUACAAUGCCAUUAAAUAAUGUACAAGAACGCAUUCCGAAAGGAAAAGCGUACAUAAAGCUCAUUCAAAAAGGGAAAGAAGCGAACAUUAUUAGUAGACUAGAGUCAAAAAAUAUGCAAAUGAUAACAUCACCUGAAGAACAACAUCAAUGUCGAGAAUGUAAACAAUAUUUCGAUACUGGAAAUGAAUUAUUUAAACACCUUCGAAUUAAAUGUUAUUCGGAGGAAAUACGCGAACAAAUUAACUGA